AUGAGUUCUGGUAAUGAACAUACUCUAGAAGAGUUAAGAUCCAAGAUUAUCGCGUCUAUGGGGAAAAAAGAGAAUCCACCAGCAGUCAUUAAAGGUGGGAAUGAUGACCGCUUGAAAAGGAAAAGAGAUGAGGGCUCAAAUGGUUCUGGUCCAAGAGGGAAACAUGAUAUACCAUUAGGCCCAAGGGGAGUGAAAGCUCCUUCUCCUGUCAAUAGAAAUAUGCAUCAGUCUUUGAGAAAUAAUGCAGCAGGGUAUCCUAAAGGAACACAGGAAAGACUAUCAGUUGCUGGUAACCAAGUACAAAAUAGGAAUGGGAUCUAUGAUCGUCAAGAGAGAAUGAAGGACGAUAAGGGUGAUGAUGAUAGAGGAUUUGCUAAUGGAAGUUACCAAGCCGAUGGGAGAAGAAGAGUGAGAUAUACGAAAAGGACCCCACCACAACAACCACAACCACAGCAGCAUCAAAAUACAAGACCGGGGGCAUCAAGAGACCGUAAUGAAAAUAGAAGGUACAGAAGAAAUGAUCAAAUGGAUACAGUAAGACCAAGAAAUGAUUACCACAAAGGUACUUGGAAUAGCAACAACAGUAACGGCAGAAAUAACUAUAAAAAUAGUCAUAAUACUUAUAAUAACAACGGCAAUAAGAAUAAAGAAACUAUCCCAAAUAUCUCGAGAAUCCCUGUACAGAAUUCCUUUAUGGCCCCUACAAUCUACCCCAAUAUUACAAAAUCAAGAUCAAGUUGUAUAAUCAUUGUGUCAUCAUUGAAAAAUGCAUCAAAUGAUGAAUCUGAAGUGGGCCAUACGAGAAUUUUGUUAAAGAAUUCGGUGGAAACAUUUUUGAAAGGUUUGAAAUUAGAACAAGAUGAAUUGAAGAACUUCACCAUUGGGCCUGUCGAUGAAGACUAUUGUGUAUUUGAAUUUAAAUCGGCGAAAACUACCACUAUGGUAUUGAGUUGUCGUUCAUACUUUAAUAAGAAACUGGGACUUUCUAAUGCGACUUGGGAAAGACCUAACGAUUACAUUGAGCCAUUUGAUAAUUUAGAAAAAUUAUGUGGUGGAAACGUUCUCACAAUUGAAGGAUUAGACGAUGUCAAAAUACUUGACCUUGAAAGUAAGAUUAAGGAAUUACUUCAGCCAUACGGAAUAGUAACCAAUUGUUCAAUGUUCCCAUUGAUGUAUAAAGAGGAAACACGGGACCAACAAUCUGUUUCCCAAAAUGAGGAACCAAGAAAUGAGACGGAAGGAGAAUUCACCGGUUGUGUUAUCCUAUUGUUUGAAGAGAACAUAGACGAUAAGUUAGAGCCGUUCAAGACUUCAAUGAAAUAUAUGAGACCCAAUAACGGUCGUCUAAGUCAAAUGACAUCUGCCUUUACUUUUUUCAAUUUACCUCACAUGGCUGUCGAAAAUAAACAUCCUGAAUCUUCCAUUCUACUAUUGAUGAAUUGUGUUGAUCCCUUGGAUUUGAAAGUGCCAGAGUUUGCUCAAGAAAUUGAAGAAACUUUGCGAUAUACUGUUGACGAAGUGAACGAUAUCAAGAUCAUUAAACCUAAUAUCGAUUAUAGGUUGAAUUUUGAAUGCAUCGAUCAAGGAGUGGGUAACAUCUAUUUAAGAUUUACUACUGUGGAUGCAGCUAAGAAGGCGAUGGAGAAAUUAAGUGGCACCCAAUUUAAUGAUCGAUCCAUUUUAUGUAGUUAUGUUGACGAAGAUGACUACAAAAGAACCGGUGUACUUCGAAUCUAG